GUCAUAACGUUCUUUCACUUCCUGCCCACGCAAAUUGCACUUCCCAAAUCGUCCGCUGUUCUGGUUUAGAAGGCCAAAUAGCGACAGGUCAGUGAGUUUCAAGUUAUUUAUCAACUACAUUAUUAUUAGCAAUGGUUUAAAAUAUAUUUUACUACACAUCAUAUCUUUGUUGAUAUUUCUACUGUAUUUUGGUGCUUGUAUGACCGCUGCUUUCACAGCUAAAGCGACAUAACGUCAGUCAUUGGAAAAGUCCUUGAGGAUUUUAUGGCUAGCCGGUUGUUGCUAGCCGGCUCGCUAACGCUAGCUAGUAACGUUACCUAUCUAACAACAUGCAAUUGUCAUAGUGUAAAGCGUUAUUGUAUUUUGCUUUUUGGAAGUAAUACAUUUUGCUAUAAUAUAUCAAGUCACGCAGUAAAAAUAGCGUUGAACGGAGCCUGGGACACCUGGGUAGACGGUUGGCAUUUGUUUUCGGGGAACACAGUUGUCUUGCUAGAACACUCAUGUCCUCAACUAGCGAGCUAACGUUAACCUAACUAACCUAUGCAGUCAACAGAUAUUCAGCAGUGUAGCUUCUUCUCUCUCGCAUCGCAUGUUGUCAUCACAAGGACCAGCUGAGCGCUGACAUAAGGGUCGUAAUGAUCAUCACACAUUAACGAUUUUCGUAACAAGCACAUAUACUAACCUUUUAGCAAUGGAACUUAGUUAGCUACCUACCUAUGGUUUGUUUGUUGAAAAACAGACAAGAUAUUGGAUGAUAACAUAAGGCAGAUUUCUACAUUAUGUCAUGACAAACAAAGUAAGACCAAUACAGGUUUUCUGAAUGAGUGCAAUGUAUCAUCUGCCAACAGAUUUCACAUUGUCUGUUUAAUAGGUCAGUGACCUCAAAAAAACCAUUGGCCAAUUUAUAUGCACAUACCCUGUAUUGCACCUGUUGCAUGUCACAUGAUUGAUAAUAACAUGUUUCUGUUUUUAUUUCUCUACCCCGUUCUUCUUCGUGUGUUGUUGGCAUGUUCCAGGCAUGUCUGCGGCGUUGCGUGUACUAUAUUCCGUAUCCCGGCCAGGUAAGACCUCACCUGAGGAGGGAGGGAUGGACGGAUAAAUGAAUGGAUGGAUGGAUGGAGGGGUUUGGAGGAUGGAUAUUGAUGAUGUGGUGCACUACUUUAUUGAUAGAAAAGUCACUCUGGUCGUCACUGCAGGCAACAGUUCAAGAGAAAAUGUAGGCGAUACUCAGUUAUUUGGGGUAAACAGUAGUUACAAAUAGCCAAAACCCAUCUCAAAUAUCUAUGAAGAUACUGACUGUAAGUUGCUCUGGAUAAGACUGUCUGCUAAAUGCCCUAAAUGGAAGAUGAGUCAAUGCUAUUAUUUGUUAGCUGCCAUUGAAGUCUACUUGCUAAUUGUUGACCACUUGUGGUAAACAUUUCCCUGGUAGAUCCAUUCCAUCCUCUGGCUUGUCAUAAUUUGACUCCUUUAUUUUUUCACAGGCACCUUUGCGGCUGGACACAUUCUGGUGCGUCCAAUCAGUCUGUCAGCCCAGAGAGAGGGAUUCAGUAAGUACUGCCUCUUCCCCGGCUCUCAAGGCACGUUCGAUUUGCAUCACCGGGUGCCCCGGGUGGGCGGCAUUUGCACAUUCCAUUAGUCCUAAAGGGAAAUCCCCACCCAUCCGGGGCACCGGGAAAUUCAAAACGAGCACACCCAGUGUCUCUCAUAUACACCUGACCACUGUGAUCCCCACACAGCUGCACUUUGUUUGCCUUUGAUUAGUAUGAAUGUUUAGACACGCACUCAACAUUAAUCUCACUGUCUUUUUCUCUCCCUCUCUCUGUAGAGUAUGUGAAUGCUCAGGAUCUGCCCACAGACAUGAAGUCCAUAACAGACCGAGCCGCUCAGACUCUGCUGUGGACGGAGCUCUUCAGAGGUCAGUUUCACUCCUGACUCUUCAUGACACUGACCUCGCCACUGACCUCCACAUGACACCGACCGCCAUGUCUGAAAUGGCGCUGUAUUCCCUAUAUAAUACACUACCUUUGACCAGGGCCCAUAGGGUGUCAUUUCAGACACAGCCACUGAAUAACCUGGUCCCAGAUUUUUGUUGUUGCUAUUUUGCCAACUCCUAUGACAACUUUCAUAGGAGUUGACAAGAGGGCACCAAAAGAUCAGGGACCAGCCUUGCAAUGACUGUGAUAUGUGGUUGUUUUGCCUACCUUAGUUGAAUGCACUUGUAGGUUGCUCUGGGUAAGCGUGUCUGCUAAGUGACCAAAAUGUAAAAUAAAGGCUACAUACUGACAAAGUAGUCUUUACCUGAAAUCUGUACCUCUCCGGUGCCAUUUUGGAUGCAACCAGUGCAGUGUAUAACAUCACUUCCUGCUCCCCCAGGAUUGGGCAUGACCAUGAGCUACCUGUUCAGAGAGCCGGCCACUAUAAACUACCCGUUUGAGAAGGGGCCCCUGUCGCCACGUUUCCGCGGUGAGCACGCCCUGCGCAGGUACCCCUCUGGAGAGGAGCGCUGCAUCGCCUGCAAGCUGUGUGAAGCCAUCUGCCCCGCCCAGGUACAUAGAAACACACCUGUGGCCUGUUGCACCAGUUGGGUGUUAAAACGUGGUCUAAAAUGUUAGGUCGGGCAUAGCUACGUCCGACUUUGUGAUCAGAAUUUACACCUGUUGCACCAACCCAAAAUAAGACUAGUCACAGCUAUGUCUGGUGUAAGCAAUGUGCGUUCAUGAGAUUUAAUGCUUCAUAAUGAUGGUUGCUAGGCAGCACCCGUUACUAGGCUGUUACCAUCCUCGUGGCAGUUCUAAACUUUGCGAGGCAUGUCACUUCCAUAGAGAUAGAACAGUCCAUCCCUUUGCAUAGCCCACCACUAUGCAUUAACCUUUUCUUAACCACAACUGGAUGAAUCCAUAAAGAGUUACUGUGGGAAUGAAUAUUAUAUUUAUUUAAAUCGGGAGCCCAUUGAGACAAGGGUCUCAUUUUCAAUAGUGCCCUGAGGACAACAAAUUCAACACGAACAUUCCCCCAAAACGUUUAUAUAUAUAUAUAUAUAUAUAUAUAUAUAUAUAUAUAUAUAUAUAUAACAAUACAAAUUCAUUUUUUAUUUAUUAUUUUUUUACAUUCAAUCUAAACAAAUGCAAUUCUCAUUUAACAAUUUCAACAUUAGACUCCUAAACUGCCCUAGUGACACCAGGGAAUCAAGACGCAGGGAGAUCUGUAGGUUAUUCAAAAUAUUGGGGGCAUUAAAACUGAAGGCGGAUUUACCUAAUUCGGUGGAGAGACCCGAGGAACCUCGAGUGAACGGAUUUAGGAUCUCAUGUUUUUAUACUUCAACAACAAAGUUAGGUAAGUCGGAAGCUUGUGUAGUAGAGCUUUGUAAACAAAAAGGGAAUAGUGAAGUGAUCUACGUGACUUUAAUGAGGACCAGCCAAACUCUUCCUUCAGGAUGCAGUCAUGUGUAUCAAAACUGUAAUCUGUGAUAAAGCGAAGGGCGCUAUGGUAGACAGCAUCUAAAGGUUUAAGAGUAGUGGCUGCUGCAUUCUGGUAAAUGGUGUCACUCACCAUAGUCAAGAACUGGCAGGAAAGUUGACUGUACAAUCUGCUUCCUGCUGUUUAGGGAGAAGCAAUAUCUAUUUCUAAAAAAAGAAGCCCACUUUAAAGUAUGUUUUUAAAACGUUCAAUCCUUGUCAAUCCAAAUGCCCAGAUAUUUAUAAGCGGGAAACCUAUCUUUAGUCUAGAUUACUCCUCUAGUCUUUAGCACUGAUCAGAACAUUUUGCUAGCAUGUUAUGUAGCCUAUAACAAGUGGAUGAUUUAGCUGUUUACUCGCAUAGUAGCUUACUCCCGACCAAAAGCCGGUGACUUGUCUGAUGUGAUUUUGUUUCACUGAAUCUCUGUCUGUAUAUUUGGUUAAUUGGUCUCUGGCUUGGCAAAUAAGUGGAGGUGGCAACUCAUUUAUCACUGAUCAGAAACAUUUAGUGUGCUAUAACGUUGCCUAAAUCCACAGUAUUUUUUUGCUGAUGACUCGUGCAUAGGCAACUCCAAAAGUCAGUGGAGGUUGUGAAAUAUGAACGCGAGAUUCACAUGCUUUUAGAAAUAGAUUGCUAUUCUUUCUAUCGGUAUCAUGAUGAAGAUAGUCUCAAUUUAACACCCUAGGCCUGCUCCCUACUAGACGGCUCAUAGUAGGCUUACUCCCAGGUGGUGCAACGGGUAUAAUUUUUUGAUCCGGCGUUGAGCGCAUUUUAUGUUGGAUGUAGAGUUACGACCAACUGGUGCAACCGGCCCCUAUAGUGUUUAAACGCCUGUACUAUUCACAUCUGCAUAUCCCUACCACUCCCAGGGCAUUAAAACACUUGCACUUUACAACGUAAAUACCUCUAUGUCUGUGUCCCAAAUGGCACACAUACAUAGAUCCCUACAUAGUGCACCCUAUAGGCCCUGGUCAAAAGAAGUGCACCAUUUACAGAAUAAGGUGCCAUUUGGGACACAUCCUAUGUCUGCUAUACUACAACACCUUCAAGCUCACCGCCCUAAACAUGAUUUACCUCCCUCCCCCCCCCAUAUGCAUAGGCCAUCACCAUCGAGGCAGAGCCCCGUUCGGACGGCAGCAGGAGGACGACGCGCUACGACAUCGACAUGACCAAAUGUAUUUACUGUGGCUUCUGCCAGGAGGCCUGUCCUGUUGACGCCAUCGUGGAGGUGAGCAGGACCUUCUACCUCACUACUGUGGUCGGUGUCCCAAAUGGCACCCUAUUCCCUGCGUAGUGCACUACAUUUGACCAGAAGUAGUGCACUAUGUAGGAAAUGGCACAAAACCCCUCUAGCAUAGCUUCCCUCUGUAGAUGUCUGGACGUUCAGAUUCCUGUAGAGAAUGAUGUUGGCGUAAAGGACCUGUGAAACUAUUUGGUCUGGUGUCUCUGAUUGAAACCCCCCCCCCCCCCCCACUCUUAUUCUCCCUUUUCGUUCCCCCUCCCUCAGGGCCCCAACUUUGAGUUUUCCACAGAGACCCAUGAGGAGCUGCUCUACAACAAAGAGAAACUGCUCAACAACGGAGACAAGUGGGAGGCCGAGAUCGCUGCCAACAUACAAGCUGAUUACCUCUAUCGAUAGACAGGCUGGCUGACGCGCGCACAUACACACCCACACCGACCGACUGACCAUACUCUGCUGAUAACCAUAAAACACACACACACGAUUCGGUAUGACAGACUGACACACACAUUGUAUAGAUAUCCGUCAGCCUCUUUGACACAGACACACAUCCAUCCAUACUGUACAGUUGAUCCAGAUCAGUGGUUCACACCGAGACCUGUUUCCAGAGAUCCAGACAGAAACGUUUAUCUAUACUGCAUAGAUAUUGAAUGGGACUUGGAUGAAUGGGACAAAUAAACAGCAGGAAGCCACAGCUCUCCAGAACCAGGUCUGUGUGGACCACUGUCAUAAUAAGCUCAGCUUACCCACAGAGAGAAGCACCCUCAGUCUCCUGUACCGGCAGCCAGCCCACAGAUGCCUAUCCUGGGCCACAUUCAAUAGGAAUACGUUGUGGAAAGUUGCAUAAAGAAAUGACAUGAAUAGAGUUGACAUGAUUAUUUAUUCUACUUGUCAGAGGCAUGUUUGUUCUACAUACCAUAUUUCUAUCUGAACGUUCCACAACGCUGUGCCCUGGUGAACGCACCCGUGAUGUCUCUAUGCUCAACAGUACUGUCUAUCUGAUUUGAGGUAAGAUAUUGUCCCUAACCAAACAAAUCUUUCCAUGUGUUAGUGGUUAGGGACAACUACCUACUUUGUGUCCCAAAUGGCACCCUAUU